AUGCCUCCGCACGGCGACAAGAGGAAGCUCUUCGUCGCGGCCACCGCCGCCAACUACUUCGGCUUGCCGCCGCCCGCCGGCCUCGACGCCCUGGCCGCCAGCCCCGAGCUGGCCGGUUUCCUGGACGACGGCAACGAGCUCGUCCUCUCGGUGGCGCGCUCGCACGAGCAGCUCGUCGUCUCCAAAAAGAUUGAAGCUGGCGAUUCAAAUGAUAAAAUACUGGUAUUCUUCAAGCUGCGACCAGAUGUUAUCACAGAAGAUAAUCUUCAUACCAAUAUUCUUGUAUCGUCUAUGUUAGAUUCUCCUAUCAAUAUGCUUUAUCAAGCAGUGCGACAGGUAUUUGCGCCGAUACUAUUAAAGGAUGAGAAAUGGAGUAGAGAUUUUGAUCCCAAACUUCAGAAUCUUUUGCGUGAAUUAGAGGCAGGUUUGGGUUCUGUUCUGAGAAGAACAGAUAAUGCUGAAAAAGGAACCAAAUACAGGGAAGAUGACGUUCAAGCAAUACUUUCUCCAAAUGAUGAAUUUCAGUUCUGGACAGAACGUGCACAACACGGAAGCAAACUGUGCAGCAAGGAGAGAGCCGCUCAUUUUAAAGAACUGUUUGAGGCCAUUGCAUACGACUAUUACAACCUGGACAGCUUGUCUUUAUUUGAAGUUGUUGAUUUAGUGGAGACAACGCAAGAUACAGUUGAUGAUGUAUGGAGACAAACUGAGCAUGAACCUUUUCCACAGCUACGCAUGCAGAACCUUUUGGAAGUCAUAGCUGGUUCUCUUGGCAGAUUUGUUCAGAAGAAGUUAGGAACAUUAAAUCUGUGGGAGGAUGCCUUUCACAUCGUGAAAGAAAAUCUGAAGGCUGGCGUCAUGAUCUGUGAACAAUGGGUAGCAGCUUGUGAUCACCUGACAGGGCAACUGUGGCAACGUUACGCCCCACACAUGUGGCAAGAUGAGAAAUACGUUCCGGAACCACUAGGCAGACUUGGCAAGCGACUUGAGGAGGUGCUAACUAUUAGAACUCUCCAUGAGAAACUUACCUAUUUCUUGCCAACCGGUGAACAGCAAGCAUUGCACCUUGCUCAGGUGUUUGAGCCCUUUGCUGGCUUGAAUCCUGUACACUACAAUCCCUACACCGAGCCCUUGUGGAAAGCAGCAGUAUGUCAAUACGAAAGAAUUAUUGCUCCAGCAGAACAGAAAAUAGCAAGUAAGCUGAAGAAGUUUCUUUCAGAAAUUCAAGACAGUCCGCAACAGCUUCUUCAGGCAUUCCAGAAAUACAAGGAACUAGUAAAACGCCCAAGCAUUAGCAAAGAAUUGCUUUUGGAAAGAGAAACUUUGUUGGUGAAACUUCAAGAUUCAGUCAAAGAUUAUCGAACAGACUUUGAGACGAGAUGCCAUGGUGUUCCUGGGGAUUCUUCUGGGCCACUUGCAGGCAAAAAUCUUUCUGAAGUCGUUAAUAAUAUUGUUUGGAUACGUCAGCUGGAAUUGAAGGUGGAUGAUGCUAUUAAGAUUGGAGAGGCACUUCUUUCGGAUUUGUCUGGUUUUCGAAACUUCAGACGAACUGCAGAUGAUCUUCUAGAACAAUUCAAAGCGUAUGAACAAGAACAGUUUGAUGACUGGUCCAGGGACAUUCAGGCAGGUUUGUCAAACCCAAAGUCUGGUCUUUGUAUACAGGCUAGCAGUCUAGUGAUGGAACUGGAUCAUUCUGAUGGAGCGUUAAAAAUACAUUAUUCAGAUCGUUUGGUGAUCCUCAUAAGAGAAGUUCGGCAGCUCUCAGCACUUGGCUUUGUUAUUCCUGCCAAAAUACAGCAAGCGUCAAACGUUGCACAAAAAUUCUUCAAACAAGCGGUUAUUCUCAAACAGGUGGCACAUUUUUACAACUCUAUUGAUCAACAGAUGAUUCCAAGUCAGAAACCAAUGAUGCUACAGUCGGCCUUAGCGUUUGAACAGAUAAUUAAACACUCAAAGUCUGAGGGGGCAAUAACUUGGGAUAACCCCAAAGUUUUAGAAGCAUAUAUCAAAAAGCUCCAAAGCGCAGCAGAACGGCUUGCCACGGAAAACAGGAAGUUAAGAAAGUGGCACACUACUUUUGCUGAAAAGGUUGUUGGGCUAAUGAACAUUGAUCUGCUUCGGCAGCAGCAACGCUGGAAAGACUGGUUACAGGAGCUGCGAGCUGUAUUUUCUGGCCUGGAGGCUCAAGGUUUCCUUUCACGUGACAUGAAAGCUUGGAGACUGCAUUGGAAUCAUCAACUAUACAAAGCCCUGGAGCAUCAGUAUCAGAUGGGUUUGGAGGCGCUCAAUGAAAAUCUGCCAGAAAUAAACAUUGAUUUAACUUACAAACAAGGGAGAUUACAGUUUAAACCUCCUUUUGAAGAAGUGCGAGCACGAUAUUACAGAGAAAUGAAGAGAUUCAUCUCUAUUCCCAAUCAGUUCAGGGGAGUGAGUGAGGCAGACGAGGAGUGCAUUUUUUCCGUCAUGACCGAAAGAAAUGCAAGUGGAUUUCUGACUACUUUCAAUAAAGCAGAAAACCUGUUCAGAAGAUUGGCAGAAGUUGCAGACCAAUUUAAGGACUGGGUUGUAUUGGGACAAGUGGAUAUGGAAGCAAUGGUGGAGAAUCACCUUUUUAGUGAACAGGAUUGGGAAAAGAACUUCAAAGCACUGAAAGUGAGAGGGAAAGAAGUGGAGCGUCUACCAAGCACCAUGAAAGUAGAUUGCAUAAUUGUAAACUGCAACCCUGUGAAGACUAUGGUUGAUGAUCUUAUCCAGAAGUUGUAUGAUGUUCUUGUGAUGUCUUUAAGAAAAUCUGUACAAGCUCAUCUACAUGAGAUUUCUUCAUUCCUUAACGAUGCCAUGGAAAGUUUAAUAACCAGGCCCCAAAGUGUGGAUGAAAUAGCGCAAGAUAAUAUGAACUAUAAAAACUUAACAGAAAAAAAAGGAGAGGUUUUCCUCCUGUUUCAAGAAGCAGAAGGUAAAAACAAGCUUCUUCGGACUGUGGCUGGUGGGGGCAUUGACACAAUCAGCAAUCUGCGAGCUACAUGGGACAAAUUUGAAUUAAUGAUGGAAAGCCAUCAACUGAUGAUUAAAGAGCAGGUUGAAGUGAUGAGAGGUAACGUGAUGUCUCGUGUUAACAUGUACCUUCAAGAACUGGAGAAAUUUAAAGCACGCUGGGACCAGUUAAAACCCAGUGACGAUACAAUUGAAACCGGUCAUCAUGAUAUGCUGCAGAAAAGCGCUCAGACAAUAAAGGAAAAGAAAGCUGAGUUUGACGAACUUGAGGACACAAAACAAAAGCUAAUAAAUGACUGCCAUCACUUUGACUUAGAAGAGCCUGAUUUCUUUUUGGCUAAUGAAGUGCGUCGAGACAUCGAGAAUUGUGCGGAAGUUUGGGCGUUAUAUGAACAAUUUUACGAUGGCUUUCAAGAAAAAGCCAAUGAAGACUGGAUUACAUUUAGGAGCAAAACCUACUUGUUUGAGGAAUUUUUAUUGAACUGGCAUGACCAAUUGAGGAAGAUAGAUGAGCACACCAUAAUGACAGUGAAGCUGCAAAAAGAAGUUGAUAAGUACAAAAUGGCAGUUCCUGUCCUGAAGUAUGUUAGAGGAGAACACCUCUCUUCGGAUCAUUGGCUGGACCUCUUUCGGAUUCUUGGUCUUCCUAGGGGCACGAGUCUAGAGAACCUGUUGUUUGGAGAUCUGUUAAAAGUAGCAGAUGUCAUUGUGGAAAGAGCAGCAGAACUUAAGGAUUUGAACAGUCGGGCUCAUGGUGAGGUCACAAUCCGAGAAGCCCUCCGUGAACUCGAACUCUGGGGAGUGGGCGCCGUCUUUACGUUGACAGAUUAUGAAGAUAGUCAUGGCCGGAUGAUGAAACUGAUCAAGGACUGGAAAGACAUAGUCAACCAGGUUGGCGAUAAUCGCUGCCUUCUCCAGUCGUUAAAGGAUUCCCCGUACUAUAAAGGUUUUCAAGAUAAAGUUUCUGUUUGGGAGAAGAAACUUGCUGAGCUGGAUGAGUACCUGCAGAAUUUAAAUCAGAUUCAGAGGAAGUGGGUCUAUUUGGAACCCAUUUUUGGUCGUGGAGCAUUACCCAGAGAACAGGGCCGUUUCAACAGAGUAGAUGAAGACUUUAGAUCGAUAUUGGCUGAUAUCAAGCAAGACAACCGAAUAAUAUCCUUGAGCUCUCGAGCAGGAAUAAGAAAUGCCUUGAUGACUAUUCUUGACCAGCUUCAAAGAUGUCAAAAAUCCUUAAAUGAAUUUUUGGAGGAGAAGCGUUCAGCAUUCCCCAGAUUCUAUUUCAUUGGGGAUGAUGAUCUUCUAGAAAUCUUGGGACAAUCCACUAAUCCUUCUGUUAUUCAGUCUCACCUUAAGAAACUCUUUGCUGGAAUUCACAGUGUAAGCUUUGAUGAAGAUUUUAAACACAUACUUGCAAUGAAAUCUUUAGAAGGCGAAUCUGUCCCUUUCAAAAAUAAAAUCCUUCUGUCCAAUGAUGUUGAGAUUUGGUUAAACAAACUGUCUUCAGAGAUGAAGGAGACACUGAAGCAGUUAUUGAUCAGCUGUGUAACUACUGGAAAAAAAUCACAUGGUUCUAUUGAUCCGUCACUUUUCCCCUCGCAGAUUCUUUGUUUGGCUGAACAAAUUCAGUUCACUGAAGAUGUGGAAAAUGCAAUCAGGGAACAUAAUUUGCAGGAACUAGAAUUAGAACUAAUGGCUAAAUUGGAGCAUUAUACCAGCAUAGAUACUCAUACAGAAGAUUCAGGCAACUCAGAAUCUGGAAUCCUUGAGCUGAAGCUUAAAGCCCUUAUUCUUGAUAUUAUUCAUAACAUUGAUAUUGUGCGACAGCUGCACGAAGCCCAAAUUCAUAGUGUUGAUGACUGGGUGUGGAAGAAGCAAGUAAGAUUUUAUCUGAAGGACCAAAAAUGCUACAUUCAAAUGGUAGAUGCUGAGCUUCAGUACACUUACGAAUAUCAGGGUAAUUCCCCAAAGCUUGUUUAUACGCCAUUGACUGAUAAGUGUUACCUCACACUUACUCAAGCUAUGAAGAUGGGCCUCGGAGGAAAUCCUUAUGGGCCAGCUGGAACGGGCAAAACGGAAUCUGUAAAGGCUUUGGGAGGACUACUCGGAAGACAAGUGUUGGUUUUUAAUUGUGAUGAGGGCAUUGAUGUGAAAUCAAUGGGCCGGAUAUUUGUCGGUUUGGUGAAGUGUGGAGCCUGGGGCUGUUUUGACGAGUUCAAUCGGCUGGAAGAAGCCGUACUGUCUGCCGUUUCCAUGCAAAUUCAGACAAUUCAGCAUGCUUUGAAGAAACAUCAGCCUGUUUGUGAGCUACUUGGGAAGGAGGUUGAAAUGGAUCACAAUUCUGGAAUCUUUAUCACAAUGAAUCCUGCUGGAAAGGGCUAUGGAGGCAGACAAAAGUUGCCUGACAAUCUCAAACAACUGUUCCGGCCAGUUGCUAUGAGUCGCCCUGACAAUGAGCUCAUUGCAGAGGUGAUUUUAUAUUCAGAAGGCUUUAAAGAUGCUAAAAUUCUAGGAAGAAAAUUGGUGGCUAUUUUCAAUUUAGCCAGGGAGCUUUUGACACCUCAGCAGCACUACGAUUGGGGUUUGCGUGCCCUGAAGACAGUUCUGAGAGGGUGUGGAAAUCUACUUCGUCAGCUGAAAAAAAAUGGAAUUAAAGAGACAGUUAAUGAAAGCCAUAUUGUGGUCCAAGCUUUGCGACUCAAUACCAUGUCAAAGCUUACAUUUGCAGAUUGUGCUCGGUUUGAUGCAUUAGUUAAAGAUGUCUUCCCUGGUAUUGAUUUUAAGGACGUAGAUUAUGAUGAACUCCGCAAGGCUUUACAAGAAGUCUUUGAGGAAGCUAAUCUGGAAAUCAUAUCUACCCAGAUCAAGAAGGGACUGGAACUGUACGAACAACUACGUCAGAGAAUGGGAGUGGUCAUCGUGGGCCCAAGUGGUGCUGGCAAAUCAACCCUUUGGCGGAUGUUACGGGCUGCACUUGGGAAAGUUGGCAAAGUGGUGAAAUUGUAUGCCAUGAACCCCAAAGCUAUGCCUCGCCAUCAGUUGUUGGGCCACAUUGACAUCGACACAAGAGAGUGGUCUGAUGGCGUGCUUACAAACAGUGCUCGGCAAGUGGUCCGUGAACCCCCAGAUAUUACAUCAUGGAUAAUCUGUGAUGGUGAUAUAGACCCUGAGUGGAUCGAGUCUUUGAAUUCUGUCCUCGAUGACAACCGUCUGCUCACUAUGCCCAGUGGAGAAAGAAUACAGUUUGGCCCGAAUGUGAACUUCAUAUUUGAAACACAUGACUUGAGUUGUGCUUCUCCUGCCACAAUAUCUCGCAUGGGAAUGAUCUUUCUAAGUGAUGAAGAUACGGACCUCAAUUCAUUAAUAAAAUCUUGGCUAAGAAAUCAGCCUGAGGAAUGCAGGCACAAUCUUGAAAACUGGAUUGGGGACUAUUUUGAGAAGGCUUUAAACUGGGUCCUGAAACAGAAUGACUAUGUGGUAGAAACAAGUAUGGUUGGAACAGUGAUGAAUGGCUUGUCUCAUCUGCACGGUUGCACUGAGCGGGGACAGUUUAUAAUUAGCCUGAUAAGAGGACUGGGUGGAAAUCUCAACAUGAAAUCCAGACAAGAAUUAACCAAAGAGGUUUUCACCUGGGCACGAGAGUCUCUGCCAAAUCCUAGCAAAGCACUGGACACCUUUUAUGAUUCAGAUACUGAGCGCCUAAUGACAUACCAGCUGAAGAAGCCUGAAAAUUUGACUGCUGAUGACUUCAGUAAUAUUCAGACACUUCCUGUCAUUCAAACACCGGAUAUGCAAAGAGGUUUAGAUUAUUUUAAACCCUGGCUAGGUUUUGAUAGUAAGCAACCAUUUCUUCUUGUCGGCCCUGAAGGAUGCGGUAAAGGAAUGCUGCUUCGUUACGCCUUUUCCCAGCUGCGUUCUACUCAGAUUGCUACAGUUCACUGCAGUGCUCAGACCACCUCUCGGCAUUUUCUGCAAAAAUUAAGCCAGACGUGUUUGGUCAUCAGCACCAAUACCGGGCGAGUGUACAGGCCAAAAGAUUGUGAGAGGCUUGUUUUAUACCUUAAGGACAUCAACUUGCCCAAACCUGAUAAAUGGGGAACCAGCACGCUUGUGGCUUUCCUGCAGCAGGUGCUGACAUAUCAGGGAUUUUAUGAUGAAAAUCUUGAAUGGGUUGGGCUAGAAAACAUCCAAAUUGUGGCCUCCAUGUCUGCCGGAGGAACUCUGGGAAGACAUAAACUCACUUCCAGGUUCACGUCUAUCGUUCGUCUUUGUGCAAUUGAUUAUCCAGAGAGAGAUCAACUGCAGACUAUUUAUAGUGCUUACUUAGAACCUGUUCUGCACAAGAACCUAAAGAAUCAUCCUGCUUGGGGAUCAUUGGCAAAAAUACAUCAGUUGGCUGGAUCUAUGGUUCAAGUAUAUGAGCAGGUUCGAGCCAAAUUCACCGUAGAUGAUCAUAGUCACUAUCUCUUUACACCUUGCAUUCUUACUCAGUGGGUUCUAGGCUUGUUCAGAUAUGAUUUAACGGGAGGGACAUCUACAAAAACACUAGAUACUGUCUUGGAAAUUGUUGCUUAUGAAGCACGCCGUCUCUUCCGUGACAAAAUUGUUGGUUCCAAGAAACUGCAUAUAUUUGAUAAUAUUUUAACGAAAGUCUUUGAAGGCGAUUGGGGUUCUGAUAUUCUGGAAAACAUGGCAGAUAGCUACUAUGUAACAUGGGGAGCUCGUCAUGAAGGAGGAGUAGUUAUGGCUCCAGGGCAAACAUUACCACCCCAUGGAAGACCACUUGGCAAACUUAACUCAGCAGAUUUAAAAGAUGUUAUCAAAAAGGGUAUUCUUCACUAUGGACGAGAUAACCAGGAGAUAGAAAUUUUGCUUUUCCCAGAAGUUCUUGAUUAUGUAUCUAGAGUUGACAGAGUACUAAGUUUUCCUGGAGGUUCACUUCUGUUAGCAGGCCACAGUGGAGUUGGACGUCAAACAGUUACAUCUUUAGUCAGUCACAUGCAUGGAGCUCUGCUGAUUACACCCAAAAUUUCUAGAGGCUAUGAAAUGAAGCAAUUCAAAAAUGAUUUAAAACAUGUGAUGCAGCUUGCGGGAAUUGAAGCACAACAUGUUGUGUUGUUGCUUGAGGACUAUCAGUUUGUCCACCUUACGUUUCUUGAGAUGAUCAACAGCUUACUCUCUUCAGGUGAAGUUCCUGGACUGUAUACAAUAGAAGAAUUAGAGCCACUUCUGUCCCCUCUGAAAGAUCAAGCUUCACAAGAUGGCUUUACGGGACCAGUGUUUAACUAUUUUACUUACAGAAUCCAACAAAAUCUUCAUGUGGUGUUGAUUAUGGAUUCUACUAACCUGAAUUUCACAAUCAACUGUGAAAGUAAUCCCGCACUUCAUAAGAAAUGUCAGGUGCUCUGGAUGGAAAGCUGGUCUGAAAGCAGUAUGAAAAAGAUACCUGAAAUGUUAUUUACAGAAUCAGAUGAAAAGGCCGCUAAAGCAUCAAAGGAACACAAGAAAAAACAUUCUGGUGAUCCUGAUUUCCUAAAGUCAUUUUUGAUGAUCCAUGAGUCAUGUAAAAUGUAUGGAGCUACUCCGAGAAGAUAUAUGACUUUCUUGCAUAUGUACUGUGCUAUCCAUAACAGCAAAAGGGAAGAGUUGAUUAAAAGACAGAGCCAUUUGCAGGCUGGAGUGGCUAAGCUGAAUGAAGCAAAAGCCCUUGUUGAUGAGCUGAACAGGAAAGCUGAAGAACAAGGCAUAUUGCUCAAAAUGAAGCAAGAGGAGGCCGAUGCUGCACUCAGAGAAAUCACUGUUUCUAUGCAGGAUGCAAGUGAGCAAAAAGCAGAAAUGGAAAAAAUAAAACAGAAGAUAGCAGAAGAAGCUGUAAAAAUAGAAGAAAGAAAAGCAAUAAUUGAGGAUGAAUUAAAGGAGGUUCAGCCACUGGUUAAUGAAGCUAAAUUAGCAGUUGGAAACAUCAAACCUGAAUCUCUGUCAGAGAUCCGCUCCCUUCGCAUGCCACCUGAUAUAAUUAGAGAUAUAUUGGAGGGUGUCUUACGGCUGAUGGGCAUUUUUGAUACGUCAUGGGUGAGCAUGAAGAGUUUCCUUGCCAAAAGAGGCGUCAGAGAAGACAUUGCAACCUUCGAUGCUCGGAACAUUCCAAAGCAAAUCCGUGAGAGUGUGGAAGAACUUCUAGCUAAAAAUAAAGCAUCUUUUGACCCAAAGAAUGCUAAAAGAGCCAGUACUGCAGCCGCACCCCUGGCAGCGUGGGUUAAGGCCAAUGUUCAGUAUUCCUAUGUCCUGGAACGGAUUCAGCCUCUGCAAACUGAACAGGCAGGCCUCAAAAGUAACCUUAGGAAAACUGAAGAGAGAAAACAGAAACUAGAAGACUUGCUAAAUUCUGUUGGUCAAAAAGUAGCAGAACUAAGAGAUAAGUUCCAAGCCAGAACUGCUGAGGCAGCUAAGCUUGAAGCAGAAGUUGUUAAAGCACAAGAAACGGUGAAAGCUGCAGAGAUACUGAUUAAGCAGCUUGAUAGGGAACACAAGAGAUGGAACACACAGGUUUCAGAGAUAGCGGAUGAAUUGAGCACUCUGCCAAGAAGAGCUCAGUUGGCCGCUGCUUUCAUUACUUAUCUUUCUGCUGCACCAGAAGAUCAAAGAAAAGCAAGUUUGGAUGCCUGGACAAAAUCGUCUGGUCUGGAAAAAUUUGAUCUUAUGCGAUUCCUGUGCACCGAGAGUGAACAAUUGAUUUGGAAAAGUGAAGGUUUGCCCUCAGAUGUUCUGUCAAUAGAAAAUGCCCUUGUGAUAUUGCAGAGUAAAGUUUGUCCAUUUUUGAUAGACCCUUCUUCCAGAGCUACCGAGUGGCUAAAGACGCACUUGAAAGAAUCACGCUUGGAAAUUAUUAACCAGCAGGAUGCCAACUUCAUUAACGCCCUUGAAUUGGCUGUGCGAUUUGGGAAAACGCUCAUCAUACAGGAAAUGGAUGGAGUAGAGCCUGUGCUUUAUCCACUCCUAAGGAAGGACCUUGUUGCACAAGGACCACGAUAUGUUGUACAAAUAGGUGACAAAAUAAUUGACUACAAUGAGGAAUUUCGUGUAUUUCUGUCAACAAGAAAUCCAAAUCCUUACAUCCCUCCUGACGCAGCUUCCAUUGUAACAGAAGUUAACUUUACUAUAACAAGAAGCGGCUUAAGGGGGCAGCUUUUAGCAUUGACUAUCCAGCAUGAGAAACCAGAUUUAGAAGAACAGAAGACCAAACUUCUACAGCAGGAAGAAGAUAAGAAGAUACAGUUAGCAAAACUUGAAGGGACACUUUUGGAGACUCUUGCAACCUCUCAGGGAAAUAUACUUGAAAAUAAAGACCUAAUUGAAUCCCUGAAUCAGACUAAAGCGAGCAGCGCUCUCAUCCAGGAAUCGCUUGUGGAGUUCCAUAGGCUUCAGAUUUCUCUUGAUCAGGAAAGGGAUGCCUAUCUCCCUCUGGCUGAAAGCGCCAGCAAGAUGUACUUUAUUAUCUCUGACUUGUCCAAAAUUAAUAACAUGUACCGCUUUAGCUUGGCUUGUUUCCUAAGACUUUUUCAAAGGGCUCUGCAAAGUGAACUGGACUUGGGAAAUACUGAAGAAAGAAUCAAGUCUCUUAUCAGCUCAUUAAAACAUAUGGUGUACGAAUAUGUCUGUCGCUGCUUAUUUAAGGCUGAUCAACUAAUGUUUGCACUUCAUUUUGUAAAAGGGAUGCACCCUGAACUUUUUCAAGACAAUGAAUGGGACACAUUUACUGGAGUAAUCAUUGGAGACAUGUUAAGAAAAUCUGAUUCCCAAAAAAGCAUCCGAGACCAGAUUCCCUCUUGGAUAGAACAGGAAAGAGCCUGGGCAGUAGCAUCUCUUAAGAUCUCCCUCCCGACUUUGUACCAAACAUUUUGCUUUCAAGAUGAAGCACUGUGGCAACCUUUCUCACGGAGCUCAAUGUGUGAGCAAGAUUUCCCAUCUAUUAUUGCAAACAGGAUUUCUCUGUUUCAGCAGGUCCUGGUGGUCCAAGCUGUCAGGCCAGACAGACUGCAGAGUGCGAUGGCUCUUUUUGCAUGUAAAGCUCUGGGGAUAAAAGAGUUGUCACCUCCACCACUGAAUUUGAAACGCCUGUACAAAGAAACCUUAGAAAUUGAACCCAUCCUGAUUAUUAUUUCUCCUGGUGCUGAUCCUUCUCAAGAAUUACAAGAACUUGCUAGUGGUGAAAGAAAUGGAGAAUGCUACCGUCAGGUUGCCAUGGGCCAGGGCCAAGCUGACCUAGCUAUUCAAACUGUCAAAGAAUGUGCCCGAAAUGGAGAGUGGCUUUGCUUGAAGAACUUGCAUCUUGUGGUGUCGUGGCUUCCCAUACUGGAAAAGGAAUUGAAUAAUCUUCAGCCCCAACCUGGUUUUCGUCUUUGGCUGACUGCCGAAGUCCAUUCCAAGUUUUCUCCCAUUUUGCUGCAGUCAAGUCUGAAGAUAACAUAUGAGGCACCUCCAGGCCUGAAAAAGAACUUGAUGCGAACAUAUGAAUCUUGGACUCCAGAGCAAAUGAGUAAAAAGGGCAUUGUGUCUAGAGCCCAUGCUCUCUUUAGUCUGGCUUGGUUUCAUGCUGCAUGUCAGGAAAGAAGGAAUUAUAUCCCUCAGGGCUGGACCAAAUUUUAUGAAUUUUCCUUAUCUGAUCUCCGGGCAGGUUAUGACAUUAUUGACAGGCUCUUUGAUGGCCCCAAAGAUUUUCAGUGGGAAUUUGUGCAUGGUUUAUUGGAAAGCGCUAUAUAUGGAGGUCGUAUAGAUAAUUACUUCGAUAUGCGGGUCCUUCGAUCCUACCUGGAGCAGUUUUUUAAUUCCAGAGUCAUUGCUGACUCAAAUUUCCGGACCAAGAAGAUGAGCAGAUUUCCCUAUUCCAUCUCUCUACCUAACUCCUGCAAUAUAUUGGAUUACCGUCAAGUUAUUGAAAGCCUUCCAGAAGAUGAUAAACCUGAUUUCUUUGGCCUGCCUGCCAAUAUUGCACGCUCAUCUCAACGAAUGAUUAGUUCUCUAGUAAUUUCACAACUUCGGAUUUUGAGCAGGUCUGUAACUGCUGGCUGCAAAUUUGACAGAGAUAUCUGGUCUAAUGAGCUUUCUCCAGUCCUCAAUCUGUGGAAGAAGCUUAAUCAGAAUUCCAGUCUGAUUCAUCAAAAGGUGUCUCCCCCUACUGAGCGGCAAGGAUCCCCAAUUCUUUCCUUCAUUAUCCUCGAACAGUUCAAUGCCAUCCGCUUAGUUCAGAGCCUUCAUCAGUCCCUUGCUGCUCUCAGUAAGGUCAUCAGAGGUACCUCGUUGCUGAGCACAGAGGUACAGCAAUUAGCAAGCGCUUUGUUAAAUCAGAAGUGCCCCCUCGCUUGGCAAAGCAAGUGGGAAGGUCCAGAAGAUCCUUUACAGUAUCUCAGAGCCGUUGUUGCACGGACACUUGCUAUCCAGAACUGGGUCAGUAAAGCAGAAAAGCAAACCUUGCUGUCAGAUAUCCUUGACCUCUCAGAACUCUUCCAUCCAGACACGUUUCUUAAUGCCUUGCGACAGGAGACGGCAAGGGUGAUGAGCUGUUCAGUAGACAAUCUAAAAUUUACAGCCUCGUGGAAAGGUCAAAUACGAGAAGCAAAGCUCCAAGUUCAGAUCACCGGUCUUCAGCUGGAAGGCUGCAGUUUUGAUGGGAAUCGACUUUCAGAAAACCAGCACGACUCUCCCAGCGUGUCAUCAGUUCUCCCUUGUUACAUGGCCUGGAUUCCACAGAACGGUUAUGGGCCCUAUUCCCCGGAGGAGUGCAUCUCUUUGCCCGUUUACACCAGUGCUGAGAGGGACUGCGUUGUGACUAACAUUGAUGUGCCAUGUGGAGGCAACCAAGACCAGUGGAUUCAGUGUGGAGCAGCUUUAUUUUUGAAAAACCAAUAAGAGGGAAGUAGACCCUGAAUGUCCUU